AUGCCUUACCCUCCUCUUAUUCCUCCGCUCUCUCGCUGGUCCCGCCCUCCACCGCCAUCCGCGCCACGCUCACCUCCCUCCACGACCAAGCUCUUUCCUACCCGUCUACCUGCUCCACUUCUCCCCCCUCCCGCCCAUCUCCGACGCAAAAUUCACCCUCAUCCACCACCAGCGCACCACACCGUUCCCUCUUCUCACAUCGCUCCUCUCGUGCUCUCCCCCUGCUUGCACCUGCUCGCUGGCACGCAUCUCUCUCGGCACGCGGUCUCCUGUCUCUCCGCUGCACGGAGCCGAUACGCCGAGCGCCCAGACGUGGCCGCCUUGUUCCUCUACCGCCCUCACCUCCGAGUGCGCGCCUCAUCCACCGCCCCGGACCACCUCGUCCACGGAGCGUUGGCUCAGGAGGGCGCCCUUCUGCCCCGCGCUGUCCCUCCCCGCGCGGGGACGAAGGCAAGGGAACCCUUGCCUUCGUCCCCAAACACGCCCUGCACCCUCACUUCUGGCUCCUCUUCACCGAAUGGCUCUCCCACCGCUGCUCCGACUGGUACAUGUACGCAGCCGGCCCCGGCCUCGACCGCACCCCGGUCGGCCGCUCGACCCUCUUGGAGUCCAACUGGAUUCAAGCCCCGUGGAAAGUUCGGUUCUCCAAGUUCCUGCACGAGUACAAGGUCGUCGUUUGUAGCUGUAGGGGGUGUAGGGGCCCAGGGGGCGCGGGCGCGGCGUACACUAGACUACAUCGGGCUGCUAGAAAAGCGCCUCGAAGCGAUCCGUGAGUCCGGCGUCGACGUCCGCGUCGCAAGCGGCGGCGGUCGUAUGGUGUGCACCAUGGAUAGGUAUGAGGCCGAUUGGGGAAUGGUCGAGAGAGGCUGGGCCGCCCAUUGUUUGGGCGAUACCGAAAACAUUCAGACCUUUUCUUCCUCAGUUGACGCCGGGCAGGGCUUUUACAAGGAUGAAGAGAUGACUGAUCAGUACUUUCCGCCGUUCGUCGUCGUGGAUGACAACGGCGAUGCCGUCGGACCCAUUCAGGAUAACGACUCAGUGCUGUUCUGGAACUUCCGCGGCGAUCGCGCCAUCGAGAUCUCGACCGCAUUCGAGGCUGAAGAGGGUGAGUUUACCCACUUUGAUCGCAAGCGCGUCCCGAAGGUCCGCUACGCCGGCAUGAUGCAGUAUGAUGGCGACGCUGGUAUUCCGAAGCGCUUCCUCGUCUCGUCACCUCAGAUCGAGCGCACUGUCGCUGAGUAUGUCGUGAAGAACGGCAUGAAGCGUUUCUCCGUGUCGGAGACGCAGAAGUACGGCCACGUCACAUACUUUUACAACGGGAAUCGGGCCGCCAACUUCGACGAGAACAUGGAGAAAUACACGUGCGUGCCGUCGUACAAGCAGCGCGAGCAGACCAGGCCCUGGAUGAAGGCAGCUGAGAUCUCGGACGAGAUCGCUAAGGAUCUUGACGAGUUUAAGCCGGAUCUUAUGGUCGUCAACUAUGCUAAUGGAGACAUGGUGGGGCACACGGGGCACAUGAUUGCCUCGCGUAUGGCGAUGGAAUACGUGGAUCUGUGCCUCGCGUGUGUCAUACCGGAGAUUAUUAGCCGCGGAGGGGUGGUAGUGCUCAUCGCCGAUCAUGGCAAUUGCGAUAUCAUGGCCGAGUGCGGAAAGGACGGAAAUCCGAAGCCGGGGUCGCAGCCUGAAAAAUGGAGGGCGAAGGUGUCGCACACGAAGCAACAAGUGCCGUGCGUGGUGACUGGGAAUGGGAUUGAAAACUACGAGCUCAACGAAUCUGCACAGUGGGGCGACGACCCGGACUGCAAGGCUGCGGGUAUUGCUAACCUGGGAGCUACAGUACUCAACUUGCUGGGGUUAGAGGAGCCCUCUGACUUCCUGCCAUCGAUCCUUAAAGCGAAGGCGUAA